AUGUCUCUCAACAUCCCCAACGCGCCCAACGCGGGCCUCUUCAAGCAGGGCUACAACAACUACGAUUCAGAAGAUGGCGCCGUUCUCCGAAAUAUCGAUGCCUGCCGAACCAUCGCCUCGACCGUCCAGACGUCGCUGGGCCCCUACGGCCGCAACAAGGUCGUCAUCAACCACCUGCAGAAGAUGAUCCUCACCUCCGACGCCGCCACCAUCCUCCGCGAGCUCGACGUUGUGCACCCCGCCGCCAAGCUCCUCGUCAUGGCUUCUCAGCAGCAGGAGGCCGAGAUGGGCGAUGCCACCAACCUGGUCAUUGUGCUGGCCGGCGAGCUGUUGAAGAAGGCAGAGGACCUGCUACGCAUGGGUCUCAAGACCUCCGAUAUUGUCAUCGGCUACGAGAAGGCCCAGAAGAUUGCCUUGGAGGCUCUGGAUGAGCUCUCAGUGGACAAGAUUGAGAACAUCCAAGACCAGGCUGAGCUGAGCAAGGCCCUGCGGACUGUCAUUGCCAGCAAGCAAAACGGAAACGAAGACUUUCUAUCAGGCCUGGUGGCCGAGGCCGUCUUGGCCGUUCUGCCCAAGAACCCCGCCAACUUCAACGUCGACAACAUCCGAGUCGUCAAGAUCAUGGGUGGCAGCUUGGAUCAGAGCAGGGUCGUCAAGGGCAUGGUCUUCCCCAAGGAGCCCGAUGGGUCGAUCAAGAAGGCCAGCCGUGCCAAGGUUGGCGUCUUCACCUGCCCCAUUGACACAAGCCAGACAGAGACCAAGGGCACCGUGCUGUUACACAACGCAAAGGAGAUGAUGGACUUCACCAAGGGCGAGGAGGCACAGCUAGAAACCGCAAUCAAGGAGCUCCACGAUUCUGGCCUGCGAGUGGUCGUGUGCGGUGACCGAGUCGGCGACCUGGCCAUGCACUACCUGAACCGCUAUGGAAUUCUCUGCAUCCGAAUCCUCAGCAAGUUUGAGCUGCGACGAGUCUGCCGUGUCGUCGGCGCCACACCGCUUGCUCGACUGGGCGCCCCCAUGCCCGACGAGAUGGGCAGCAUCGAUGUUGUCGAGACGAUCGAGAUUGGCGGUGACCGCGUUACAGUGUUCAGACAAGAAGAUGAAGUCACCCGCACUGCUACCAUUGUCCUCCGUGGCGCUACCCAGAACCACCUCGACGACAUUGAGCGAGCUGUUGACGAUGGUGUCAACGUUGUCAAGGCUAUCAGCAAGGACAACAGACUGGUUCCCGGAGCGGGAGCUACGGAGAUUCAGCUGAGCGCAAGGAUACAGGCACAGGGCGAGAAGACACCAGGUCUGAGCCAGUACGCCAUCAAGAAGUAUGGCGAGGCCUUUGAGGUCAUUCCCCGUACCCUGGCCGAGAGCUGCGGUCUUGAUGCUACGGAGGUUCUCAGCACACUGUACGCUGCCCACCACAAGAGCGAGAGCGGCGAUGCUGGUGUUGAUGUGGAUAAUGAAGAGGGCAACGGAGUGCUCAACGCCACCAAGGAGGGUAUCGUCGAUUUGUUGGCCUCCAAGAACUGGGCCAUUAGACUCGCUACCGAGGCUGCCCGCACCGUCCUGUCAGUCGACCAGAUUAUCGUGGCGAGACAGGCUGGCGGGCCGAAGCCUCCUGGCCCCAACCCUAACUGGGAUGAGGACUAA